AUGUUCUCUGUAGCUCUGCUGCUGCUGUUGGCAGCUGGAUCCUGUGUGAAGUGUGAACAGUUGACACAGCCAGCCUCAGUGACUGUGCAGCCAGGUCAACGUCUGACCAUCACCUGUCAGGUCUCUUAUUCUGUUAGUGGCUCUUACACAGCUUGGAUCAGACAGCCUGCAGGGAAAGGACUGGAGUGGAUUGGAAUGAAAUAUACUGGAGGCUCUCACUACAAAGAUUCACUAAAGAACAAGUUCAGUAUUGACUUAGACUCUUCCAGCAACACAGUGACUCUAAAUGGACAGAAUAUGCAGCCUGAAGACACUGCUGUGUAUUACUGUGCCAGAGACCCAACUCUGACAGAAUCUGAACAAGCAGUUAAAAAGCCUGGAGAAUCCCACAGAUUGACCUGUACAGCCUCUAGACUUGACUUUGAUGGCUACUACUUGGCUUGGGUCAGACAGGCUCCUGGAAAAGGACUGGAGUGGAUUGCAACUAUCAGCAAUGAUGGUAGUAGCUACAUCUACUACUCUCAGUCAGUUCAAGGUUGUACAGGUCAGAGUAUGGAUUCCAUUCCUUCCAGUUCAGUAGUGAAGAACCCUGGGGAGACUCUCAGUCUCUCCUGCAGGGGAUCUGGCUUCACAUUUAGCUGCUGUGCUAUGCACUGGAUCAGACAACCUGCAGGAAAAGCACUAGAAUGGAUGGGGCGUAUUUAUGGCGAUGCAAGUGGAACUGAAUAUUCCAGCGGUGUGCAAGGACGGAUAGAAAUCACCAGAGAUAAUAGUAACAGCAUGGUGUAUCUGAGACUGUCCAACUUAAAGCCAGAGGACUCUGCUGUGUAUUACUGUGCCAAACACACACUGGUUAAAGUAAGCAGAGAGGCUUUACAAAAACUCCACAGAUAAUGUUUUUACAAAGACCUCCAGGUGGCAGUAGAAGAUAUAGUUUGGAACAACACAUACUAUGGAAAGUAAUGAUAAUUCCUCCAAAUGUGUACAUACAAACACACAUG